GCAGCUUGGCAGCUUGUACAGUUUGAUUGAGUUGUAUUUGGAUGAAUAUUUUAUAAUAGGUAUUUUGCGAAUUGAUUAGACAAUAAGUAGUAAACAGAAAAUUUCAAAAGAUUGAAAGUGUAUUACUGUACAAAUCCGAACUGCUUGCAUAUUUCCUUGGAGGCAGAGAUGGCGUCUUCAGAUGUCAUAGAAUUAGGCUCUUCGGACGAUGAGCCUGAACCGGCUCCAAAAAAGUCGAAGCGUCCACUGAAUGCUAUGGUGCAUAUACCUAAUAAGCUUCCAGGUGUAACUAUCAAGAAAUCUACCAUGAUACCUAUUGUUGACAAAAGCAAGACAGUCUCUGUGAAAAAUAUUUCAAAGCUGUCUUCAAAUCCAGUGGCAACUACAGUGAAUAAAAACCUAAUGAAAAAAAUCAUUAGCAAUGGUCAAGUUAACGCUAACAUAAUCAAGACGGGAACUUUCCCUAAGCCACCAAAUAGUGUUGUAAAUCCGCUAAGUUUUUUGAAAACAAUUAAUAAUUCUCAGAUAAAUAUAAAAAAAGUAAUGCCAACUUCAUCAUCAGCUGCAAUUCAAGGUAUUAAACCACAAAAUCAAAAAUGCUUUAAAAACUUACCACCCAGCAUUACUAUUACUAAAACAAACCCUAAUGCUGUUAUCAUAAAAAAGAGUAAAAACAUCCCAAUUUCCAUAUCACCUAUUAAACCGUCAAAUGCAAAUUCUGUUAUUAUAAAAAAGAGAAAAAACCCUAUUUCUGUGUUACCAGUGAAACAGUUACAGAAGAAAAUGAAAUUGAGUCAUUCAGCUACUCAGAGAGAGAUUUUAACGGUUGAGCUUGAUGAUGAUGAAGCUUCACAAUCGUCAAACAGCCCUCAGUGGUAUCUGAAACCCGAAGACCACAAGAGUUUAGAAGAGCAAAAUAAUACAGAACCUGAAACAACUAAGAUGGUAGAGAUUACAAUUGAAGAUAGUCCAAUUAAGCCACCACCUAAUAAACGCACAUGUGAAGUGGGUAAGGAAUUUGCAAUCACAAUUGAAGAUAGCCCUGUGAAACUGCCACAAGAAAAUAAUAUUAAUAAUGAUGCAACUGCUAGUGGCAGCGAUACUGAACAACCAGUUAACUCAAGUACUCCAAAUAGCAAGAAGAAGUUGCAAUAUCCAAAGGAAACUCAAAAUGAAAAAGAUGAUGAUCCUUUACUUAAUACUAAUGUUACACUGGUUGAACCACACACAAUAGAAAUUGAGGUUGAACCUUUUCAAUCAAAUACUGUUGAAGAUGCUACUAAAAUAGACAAUACCUCUACAACCAAACAAAACAAUGAUAUUGUAGAAAUAGAAGAGUCACCUGUAAAAAGAGUUGAAGAAUUAGGGAAAAAAACAACUCCUGUAAAAGUUGUUCCUAAAACUUCAACUAUACAUAAGCCUAUGAAGAGUUUAGAAGAAAGUAGAGAAAAGGAGCUUGGUGAAUUCAAUCCAAUUUAUCAAAGUUUCAUUGAUCUCUGUUUAAAACUUGAAGACUCUGAUGACAUGAAUAAAAUUGUUGAGAAAAAAAUAAAAACAUACUACAGACAGGUACCUAAAGAAUAUACAGACUCUGAGGAAUUCCUGGAGAUGGUGUCUAGUAAAAUCAUGGCUAUGAAAGCAGGGCCAGACAAAAUGUAUUUGUAUAUCAAAGAUAUUGUAGAUGAGUUAAAUUUACAAAGAAAAAUUGCAAAAUCUAAAGCAAUUGAAAAUGAGAAGAGAAAAGAGAUGGAAGCAGCUGCUUUCUAUGAGGAUUUGGAGGUUGACACAAAGCGCAAGAGACAAGUCCGAAAGUUGGAGAAAACUUUGAAGAAACUGAACAGAGCCAUUCACAAGCUUGAGGAGCAAGAGGUGGACUUUGAUGACGACGGGGACUCAGUCUACAUACUCACUGAAAGCAGCGAGGAAGAUUCACCUAAUGACAAGGAUAAAAGUAAACCUGUAGGAAGGGAACAAAUCCUAAAAAGGUACAAGGAGCGCCUGGUGCGGGUGCACGCGAAGCUGUGUCAGCUGUCCAACACGAAGAUGCCGUCGGAGCCGCGGCUGCACCUGGAGCCGCGGCCGGGGCGGCCGGCCGGGCCCGCGCGCCGCCUCGAGAAGUGGAUCAACCGCAAGGUGCCCGUCGGCACUCCGCUGCCGUUCCCUGACUUCCACGACGUGCUGCGUUGCGUCAGGGAAGCUAAUCAGGAGGACAAACUCGACUGGAAUGAGGCUGAUAUUAUGGAGGAAGCUCGAGAUUUGUUUACAAGAUGCGGUAAAAAACUGCAAAGACGCCGGCAGGAAAAUGAAUGGCGAAUAGCGGCUUCCAGAAUAAAUGCUGAAGUUGAUCCUGUUGAAGAAAGUGAAGAUUUGAAGAAGAAACUUGAAAAUAAUAGAAAUCUAGCAGCGCAAAAAGAGUCAGAGCUAAUUAACAAGUACGCGGAUAGACAAAAGCAACUUCAACUUGAAGCAGUCGAAAUUGGUGAUAAAGAAGCAGAAGAAUCACCAGUUGAGAGUGGAGAUGAUGCACAGGAUGAAGCAAAAGAAGAAACUACCCUCGAAACAACUGAAGACAGGAAAGAAAGAAUUCGAAGAUUACUCAAAGACAAAUCGAAGACUAGUACCGAUUUAAAUAAAACGGGCGCUGACAGUAAAGAUACAUCAAAAAGUAUUGAACAAAACGAAAAGAAAACUGACAGAAAUGAAGAUGAGAGUACUGAUAAUAAACUCGAUGAAAGCUUAGAUCAUAAAGUAACUGAUACAACACCUAAUGCAGAAAAAAGAGUUACUGUGGCGUUAGUGAGUGAGAGCAUGGAAGUAGAAAUAUGCGCGCAAGAAAAAGGUGAUGAAGGUAAAAAAUAUGAUAGCACUGAAAGUGUGCAUUUAUUAAGUGAUGACAGCAAAAAAGUUGAUUCUGAUAUGGAUGAACUACAUUUGCUGGAGAAAUUGCAUGAGGGCGCAGGUGUUGCCAGUUCUACGCUGGAGUCGUCUGAUUCCGACACUCCUAUCGCUAUAUCUGACACAUUGGAGUCUAGUGACGAAAUUGAAAAUAGGCAGAUUAAAAACUGUAGCGAUGUAGUCAGUAUAGAAAAUUCCAGUUACUCCGAAUCUGAAACAUCCAAAGACGUAGAGGGGGCUUUUGUAGAUGGAAAAAAUACAAACCUGGAUGAAAAUGAAGCAGGUCAGGUGGCUGACAGUAUCGAGGAUACCGACAGCCACGCUGCAAUGUUGCCCGAGUCUGAUGAUGAAAAUAAGACUAAUAAUGCUGAUCCAUUAAUGAUGGACAUUUGUGAUGAUGAUAAUAUAAGUAAUAUUGAUGCAGAAAUGCAGGAAAAUAUUGAUCAACCAAAGAAGAAAAAUAGGAAUAGUAAUGAAGAAUAUUCUGAGCCAGUUGAAGACAUUUUAUUGGCAUCAUCUGACGAGUCUAAUGAAGGAAAGUCGAACGAAGUUAUUUCUUCUGACAGCAAUGGUGACUCAAGAGGUGGGAAUAACUAUGUAAAUUUGAAAGAUGAUUCAAUUUCAAUAGGCGAUACUGUUGUUGAAGAAAACAAACAACGGUCGCAGUGUCAUAGCGAAACACCUAUAACUAUUGAUACAGAUUCUGCUAAUACAGCUGAUGAGAGCCAAGAUAAAUGUGAUGAUGCAGAGCAUUCAAAUAGUGUGGAUAUAGAUACAAAAGCAGAUAAAGACGUAGUAGAAUUAAACUCUGGGUCAAGUGGAGAUAAUGUGACUGAAGAAGAACAGGAUACUGUACCGAUUGCUGAUAAACCAGCUGACAUUAGUGUAGAUUCCGCUACAAAAAAAGAUACAAACGGUAACAAUAGUGUAGAAACUGAGGAACUGACAGCUGCCAGUAAAGACGUGGGUGAUCAAAGUCCGAAAAUAGAAGAUCUUGAACGUGAGUUACACUCUAUUUAUAAUCCAUCCGAAAGUACGGAGAAAACUCAUGAUCCGUAGAAGAUUGAUUUUAUUAUUUGUGUUUUAAAGCAUAUUUACAAUUUAGUUGCUGCAGUUAGCCCAAGUAGGGGUAUACAAAUGUAUGAUAAGCUAAAUCAUUGGUAGGAGGCCCUUACUACUUUUAAAUACGUAAAUAAGUUAAUACUUUCAUAUACUGCGUGUUAAUACACUGCGUGGGUGAACACAAUUAUUUUUUAUUUUAUACUGUAAAUAGUUAGUAUUAUGUUACAAAAAUUAUUACAAAUAAGUAUUUAGGUAAUGAGAUAUUAUUCCACUUCUGUACUGAUAGCCAUUAUAUUAUAUUAGGAUGUUUUGUAAAGCUUGUUGUAGGACUAACGAGACGCUGACUAACGCUGAGAUGCACGAGUUCAAACGUCCUCUGUGAAACUCGACAUAAACUGAUAUUGAUAAGCUGGGCCUGAGGCUGAGCCUCCUCGAUAACGCACCUUACAAAAGAGUUGAAAUAUGUAUCAAUCAAUAUAAUUUGUCUUCAUAAAUAUGUAAUAAAUUUUGUUUAUAAUGUAA